CGCGAACGUCGCCUCGCACACGACAAAAUGGACGUCCUCGCGCAAGUCACCGAGUUCGUCGGCGUCCCCGCGUGGGGCUUGCUCCCCGUCGCGCUCGUCGCCGCGGUCGUCCUGUUCGUCGUCUUCGACGCGCUCUCGCACGUCGUCCUGAAGCCGUUCAAGUCCCCGCCCGUGAUCGGGACGUGGCCCGUGAUAGGCGGGAUGAUCCAGUUCCUCAAGGGGCCGAUCGGUCUGAUGAACAACGCGUUCCCGAAGUACGGCGAGGUCUUCACCGUCCCGGUGUUCCACAAGAGGAUCACGUUCCUCAUCGGCCCGCACGUCAGCGAACACUUUUUCAAGGCGAGAGACGCGGACAUGUCGCAGAAGGAGGUGUACGAGUUCAACGUCCCGACGUUCGGCAAGGGCGUCGUCUUCGACGUCGACCACUUGACGCGCGCGGAGCAGUUCCGGUUCUUCGCGGACUCGCUCAAGUCCGACCGCCUUCGCUCGUACGUCGGGAUGAUGGUCAAGGAGGCGGAGGAUUACUUCGGGAAGUGGGGCGAGUCGGGAGAGGUGGACCUGCUCGACGCGCUCUCCGAGCUCAUCGUCCUCACGGCGUCGCGGUGCCUCCUCGGCAGGGAGAUUCGCGAGACGCUGUUCUCGGAGGUCACGACGCUCGUGCACGACCUCGAUAAGGGCAUGGUCCCUCUGUCGGUUUUCUUCCCGUACGCCCCGAUCGAGGCGCACCGGAAGCGCGACGCGGCGCGCAGAGACCUCGCCGCCAUCUUCGACCGGGUGAUUCAAGCCAGACGCGAGGCCAACGCGCACGAGCCGGACGUGCUCCAGACGUUCAUCGACGCGCGGUAUCGCGACGGCAGCCGUCUGACGAACGACCAAGUCCUCGGCAUGCUCAUCGCGGUUCUUUUCGCGGGACAGCACACGUCCUCGAUCACGUCCACGUGGACCGGUCUGCUCACGAUCGCGAACAAGGAGAGGGUCAUGCCGACGCUGGAGGGCGAGCAGAAAAAAGUCAUGGAGAAGCACGGAGGGAAGAUCGACUUCGACGUUCUCGCGGAGAUGGACGAGCUUCACUACGCGAUCAAGGAAGCGCUGCGGAUGCACCCGCCGCUCAUCAUGCUCCUGAGGCAGUGCCACAAGCCGUUCAAGGUGACGACGUCCAAGGGGAAGGAGUUCGUCGUCCCGAAGGGGCACAUCGUCGCGACGUCGCCCGCGUUUUCGCACCGCCUGAACAACGUGUUCAGCGACGCGGACACGUACAAGCCGUCGCGGUUCCGCCAGCCGUCGCCGGAGGAUAAGGAGAAGUUCGCGUCUUUCAUCGGGUUCGGCGGCGGGAGGCACGGGUGCAUGGGCGAGACGUUCGCGUUCAUGCAGAUCAAGACCAUCUGGAGCAUCCUCCUGAGAAACUUUGAGUUCGAGCUCGUCGGGAAACUCCCGGAGCCGGACUACGAGGGCAUGGUCGUCGGGCCCAAGCACCCGUGCACGAUCCGAUACAAGCGACGCAAGCUUUGAGCGACGAGCGAGGAGGGAGUGCGAAACGAGGAGGAGAUAUUAUCGUGUGACGUUCGCGCGUACAGUGUUUAUUGAACGACCGCCGCUUGUAAUGAGAGAAUAUGGCGUUUC